ACUGUUACAACACACUGAUGUAUAAAUAGGUAAAAUACUUCACGUCCUGUUUUUAUGGACAGAGUUCGACGCAAACGAUCUGGAGGCGGUGCUGGGCCGGAGAAAGCACUCGGACUUUUUGGCCGUCGUCUUGGAGCAGCGUCGGCUUUUCUCAUCCGUUUAGGAGCACCUAGCAAAUCAGGUUACAAGCGCUUGGCAGGCUGCUGGUGAAGGAAGGGCGUGCCAGUGGAGCGGCGCGGUUGGUUGGAUGGAGGUGAGAAAGGCGGUUGCCAGCAGCCCAGCUUUUGCAUACGGGGGCUGAUGCUGUCUGGGACUCUCUAUUUCCAAACCCCUUUCUGUUGCUCUACACUGCUGUUAGCACCACGUUAGCACCCCUGCGUCCUCACCCUCUUGCGCGCUCUUCUCCUCUCGCCGCCCUGCUUACCCUGCGCCCUGCUGCUGCCCCGACUACUUCUCUCCCCCCCCGCUUGCUAACAUGUUCUCCUUCCUCUCGCAUGCUCCUCUUUCUCCUGCUGCUCCGUCCUUUUCAGAGCCCUCCCCGCCGCUGAACAGCUCUGCAACGCACCGCCCAGCCAUGCGUUCUUUCAUGGGACUGGCUCCUCCUCCCUCUCGGUCCCUGUCUCUGUUACCUCGCCCCAAUCAGCCCUUCACUGCUACUCCCUGGCCUGCACGUCACUGGCCAGCGUUCACCCCGCCGCGCGCCAUUGGUUAAGCUCCUAUAGCAGGACAUCCCUCUCUCACUGUGGACUCACGGAGCCCCAGCAGCAGCAGUGGCAGGAGCAGCAGAACCCCAUGAAUGACCUUAGCGGGUGCAGGGAAGGGGGUCCCUCCUCCCCCUCCCUCCCGCCUGGCGUGCCGUUACCUUCACCAACUUGCCCGCCGUCGCCAGCACCGCCCAGCCUGACAUCGACCUCGCCUGCAGCGCCCAGCCCUCUCCCUCCCUCGCCCUCACCGCCCAGCCCUCGCCUACACCGCCAUCUCCUGCACUUCAACCGCCUGGCGUUCCGCCUCCAUCCCUCACCUUCUCUUCCCAGCCUUGCACCACCACCACCUCCUGCGCCGCUUCCUGCAUGGCGUGCUGCCACCUUCGCUGGAGCCGCCCAGCCUUGCACCACCACCACCUCCUGCGCCGCUUCCUGCAUGGCGUGCUGCCACCUUCGCUGGAGCCGCCCAGCCGCUCAUCCGCCGUAGCUUAUAUAGCAGCAGAUUCGUCUCUACACAGGACAGUGCUGAGCCUUUGCUGUUCCGCUGCUGCAACCGCCCAGCCCCCACCGGCGCUGCCCAGCCCGCCUCCCCCCUAACCAGCAUCAGCCAGGCUGCUGCCACCCUCACCGCCCCCAAGCCCUGGCACCUCCGCCCCUCUGGGCACCCUCUGGGCACCCUCUGGGCCCGCUCUGCCCAGCUCGCUGCCGCCCUCACCCGCACUGCCCAGCCCUCACGGCCGGCCUUCCCGCCACACAGCCAGCUUCCUCCCUCGCCUGUUCAGCCCAGCCCCACUUUGCCUUCGCCGCUGUUCAGCUUGUUGCCGCCUUUACCAGCACGUCACCGCCAUAUCCCCAGCCCCCAGUCAGCAUCCGCCGUAGCUCACCUGCAGGCCGGAGCCCCUGACUGGUCUGCAUCGUCCAUCACCUUUUGAGGAGUUCCACGUGUGGCCCGUCGCCUACAAAACAGGUGAGUGACCCAUGGGUCAUCAGCACGCUCAGGGCAAGGGGUUAGGGCGCCGUUAAUGCACGGUGUUAUGGGUGGUCUCCCUCUUGUCUCCUCCUUUUCUUCUAUGAAACACACACCCAUACAACGCUCAGACUCAAACCGGUUCCCCUCCCUCCCUUCCUUUCCUGCCCAACAGUGCCUGGCGGCCACCGAAAUCACCUUCAUCCUGAAACCGCCCCACAGUCGUCUCUACACAGGACAGUGCUGAGCCUCUGCUGGUCCGCUGUUGCAACCGCGCAGCCCCCACCGGCGCCGCCCAGCCUGCCUCCCCCCUAACCAGCGUCAGCCAGGCUGCUGCCGCCCUCACCGCCCCCAAGCCCUGGCACCUCCGCCCCUCUGGGCCCGCUCUGCCCAGCUCGCUUCCGCCCUCACCCGCACUGCCCAGCCCUCACGGCCGGCCUUCCCGCCGCACAGCCAGCUUCCUCCCUCGCCUGUUCAGCCCAGCCCAACUUUGCCUUCAUCGGCUGCUCAGCUUGCAGCCGCCUUCACCAGCACGUCACCACCAUAUCUCCAGCCCCCAGUCUGCAUCCGCCGUAGCUCACCUGCAGGCCGGAGCCCCUGACUGGUCUGCAUCGUGCAUCACCUGUUGUGAUGUUCCACGUGCGGCCCGUCGCCUACAAAACAGUGCCUGGCGGCCAUCGAAAUCACCUUCAUCCCGAAAACGCCCCACAGUCUCCAGCUCCCAGUGACGCCCCGGUUGCCCAACCAUCCCCUCAGCUUCUGCUGCUGCUGCUGUGGCCGCCGCCGUCGCCCAGUUAAACACCGCCCCGCCCCGCACCUCCAUCUCCUGCACCCCUCCCGCCUGGCGCGCCGCCUCCCUCGACCUCACCGCCCCGCCCAGCACCGCCAUCUCCUGCACCGCUCCCGCCUGCCGUACGAUUGGUGGUUGGUUGGGGGCCGGGUGAAGUUGCUGACUACACCUCUCUACCUGACCGCUGCUGCUGCUGCUGCUGCUGUGGCCGCCGCCGUUGCCAAGUUCAACACCGCCCUCCCCAGCAGCACCCAGCCCGUCACCAUCACCUACACCGCCCUGCUGUCACUACUCCCACCAACACCUCCAAGCUCGUACGGUUAAGUAGGGCGCGGUGUGGGGAAAUAUAUCAACAACUUGCCCCAUAACGCCUCCAUCCCCGGCCUGUUAUGUUGCCUAUUAUGCCUUGCCGGUAACGCUGCGAUGCAACCCACCCACGCCCUGUGCUUGUGUGAAGCAAUCCCGCGUGAUGCAGGAGUCUCUUGGCUCUGCGUGUAGAGUUGCGAGCACCUAACCACAGUCCGUCUGUGCAACGUAUUCCCUCACCACACGCUCAACUGCGUAUCCAAAGGUCUUCUUCCUUGCACCUUGGUUGUUGCACUGCGGUCUGACCUGACCUGCUGCACCCCUCAUGUGCUCUUGUUGCAGGGCAAAGGCGAGCACUAGCAAGACGAAUCCGCCAGCCACGUACGUAGCCCAGGGCACAGCACACAACGCUGUGGGUAUCAAGCACGCAGUAGAGUCUGUGGGUGGGGCACGGAGAGAUGGCGCAGCUCCUCCCUUUCCAAGCAAUGGUCUGCGUCAUCCCCUUCUCCACCCAUACACCCCUGCCACCGCCGCUGCCGCCGUCGUCACUGCCCCUACCUCGUCCCUCCUGCCAAGAUGCACGGGCGCUUCAAUCCCCACCACCUCCCAGACAAUACGGAGAGGGGCCGCCAACGGCUGGGGCUGGUUUGGGGUACGGCAAGGGGCAGGGAAGACCUAGCAUGUAGUGGGCUAGCUAGUGGGCAGAGGCAACCCGCCAAUAGCAACAGGCAUAUACUAAUGGCUUUCACCCCAAGCAUGCACCCUACCUUUGGGUCAUCCUCCUCCUAUCCAUCAUGUGCAUCUGCAUUUUACACCUGCUGAGCCUUCUCUCCCUGCCCCAAACCCCUUGUCUAGCAGGCGCUCAGCAGGCGCAUGGUGAACUCCGGUGGGAGGGGCAGCACCACCGCGGCGUCACCAUGAACCAUGAGCCAUCCAUUCCUUCCCAACUGACAGGCAAUUGUACGAAACAGGCAACACCACCAAGCGAUCAAGACCCCAAUCAAGACCAAGUUGUCAUAGUGCCGCUGCUGCUGCUGCUCUGCCGCAUGAAGAGCAGCAGCCCAAUAUGCUCCACCGCCACCUGCAGCACCACAUUCUCAGCAUGCAAUGCCAUGCCAUCCAUUCGUCGACGAGUCACGCGCGCGCGCACAUAGCAGCAUUCACUAAAGCAUAAUGAACAACAGCAAAACCACCUUUCAUUGCAUGUUUUCGUAUUGGGAUAUGAUAAGAAAAGCAGGGUCGCGCAUGCAAGCGCACAUACUUGGUGUAUUUUAUUUUCUUUUAAAGGGCCACCACAUACUACUAUACCUUGUUUUUUUCAAUGGCAACAUGGUUUACGACUGAGCUCGAACUUUUGGCCGGUAAAGCCAUCGAUGCGUACAUGAUUGUACGGAUUUUUCGUUUCCGCGCAUAUCUCAACAAACCAAGCACACCAUGGUGUUCAGCGUUGAAUUUCCUGCAGGUCCAUGUGUUUAUUGAGGUAGGCGACGGACUAACAAGCCACUUGCAGUACACCCGCCCGAAGGUAGAGCACACUGCAGGUGACUCAAGGUGUUGCAAAUGCUUACAUUAAGUGCAAAGACAUAUACGCCUGUCCGCCCUGUAACACAUCCUGUUUACGACCAGCUUGCGACCUCCGAACCAGCAUUACAAGUUAGCCAAGAGGCGAACUGCCCAAUGGCCAGUUACGUAGCGUUAUGUAGUGCACAUAGAACACUUAGGCAGGGCCUUGUCAGCUUAGGCCCAGCUGGCGACUGUGCGUUUCUUAUUCAAACAGAAUCGCAGUCGACCAGUCAGCGACAACAAGCACUGAGGAGAAAACAAAGACAUACGAGCUUACGUUUAUACUCUCAAAACCGGGCUCUGCUCCGUGUACCACGUACAUGGGCUCGGAACUAUGUUGCCGCGCCCUUCCCAGUGGCAGCAACUGGUGCUAACACGCUGGUCCAGCGCUGACACCGUAACCCCUGUCCUCAACGCACUUAUAAUUUGGCGUAAAGCUGCUCAGGACGGAGCCGCACAGCGUCCCAAACACCAGUAAGUGGCCCAUGGGUCACCCAGACCCCAAACACUCCCUUCUCUUAGAUCAUCGACGUCUCCACCUGCUCCAUCGCUCCCCUAUGCAUGCCGCUUCUACUAGAGGUUCGCGCCUCAUGAAUGCAGCCCACCAGGCCCUCACAGCCUCACCUCCUGCAACCGCUCCUCCUCCAACCACCCCCUCCCCGCCGCCACUUCUCUCUCCUCUCCAACGCCUCCCUUCCUCCUUCGCCUCCCCCUCUUCCUCGUUCAAACCACAACCUCACAAAUUAAUGCUUCUACGUCAGUCGCCACCGCCAGGCCCUCUCAGCACACCGCCGUCCCCUCUUGUGCCAAGACUGAUGCUGAGCCAUGCAAGUGGAAGUACUUCGGUCACUUGCAGGUCUGCAACUGCACUCCUGUCUAUGGACGUCGUACUUGCGAAUCAUGGGUAUCCUGAAGGUCCCUUGGUUGUAUUCUAUCAGGAAGUGUGCUCCGUGAGACUAGAAAUGCAGCAUUCGUAAGGAGAUCAGCUCCAGAACCGCUGGAGGGAUGCAGGGUGGUUAAGUAGGUGUGUGAAGUCGGAAAGCCCAUUUCGGGCCCAUCCCUUUGCUGUUCCUUGCCUAGGUCACGGCCACGGCUUCCUUAUGAAGUACCAUGUAAUGCAGCAAGGUUGCAUGUGUUCGCGCAUGAGGUUUAGCUGUGCGUUUGGGGACAUUUCUGUGACAGCGGUAGGGGACGGUGGUGGUAAGGCCUAAGGGGGGCGCCGGACGGAAUCCGCCGCGGAUUGGCCAAGACGUUGUCGCCUGUUGCGGCCAAGCUAUCCCUGGAUAGCCCUUCACAUAUGCUAUCCACUGGUGCCAGUGCGGUCGCGAACUUCAACGUGGG